GUUUGUACAGUCACGGAGAUUACACGGGAACCUCGCCCCGGCAGGAUCGCUGCGUGUGUUUGUGUGUGUGCGUUUUGGUGUGCUCUUACACAAAGGAUCAUAAAAGGCCCUCCCCAUCUGAACCAGCAUACAUUUGCUGGAGUCUGCCUUCUGCAUUUGCCUCGUGCAGCUGUAGUCAAUUCAGAUUUGUGCUCCCCCCUGACAUUCCGUGACAUUUUUCUUCUUCUUCUUGUACAUCCGGAUCCGGAAUCCUUACACUCCCCCUCCGCUGCAGUUGGGCUUUUUCUUAGAAGUUGGUAGUAGAGACACAAGCUUAGGAAAAGUGAACGUGAAAGAUAAACAAAAUCCCGAGAAUAGAAAAGAGGAUUUUACCAUAGAACAUACGUCAUAAUGAUCAGCAUCUGGUAUAACAACAAUGAACUAAGCCGUGACUGGAUCCGCAUAGCUGGACGAUAGUACCCGUUAUACCCUAGCAAGGGGUUUCGUCCAAAGAUCAGACAUCCAACCGAACCAAGCAGUGCUCAAUUGAACUCAUCUCAACAGCUGCAGCAGCGCCGCCUCAGCCAGCAGUUGCAACAGCAGCAGCAGCAGCAGCAGCAUCAAUCCCCCGGUCAGCCACAACAAUCAACUUCCGCAGCAGCAUCCACAUCCGCAUCCGCAUCAACCUCCAACGCAUCAACCGCAGCUCGUCACUCAUCUGAUAAUAGUACAAAGGUUAUGGGAAAGCACGAAAUGAAGCGCGGAAUAUCACAGAGGUCAUCAGAUGCUGGAGUUUCAGGUAAACUACAUAUAUUUUGCAUGUAACAGUGUUUGGUAAGACCGAUCUAAUCUACUGUUACUCUUACAAUUCACAAUUCUAUUACUAAACACAUUUACACACGCACAACACCCAACAUUUACAAUGUCGUCAAUGCAACGGUGUUAUCACGUCGUCGUCGUCGUCGUCGUCGUCGUCGUCGUCAUCGUUUGUGCACCACCACAAUCCGCAGUAUCAAAAGGUGUACCACUAUUGGAACUGUUGAGGAGCACGUGUUCGUAUAUUGAUGUGGCCCUUUGGGCAAACGUUCAGUUUUCGCAUAUUUUUACCACCGAAACAUCCCUUAACAAUCAGCGAAAAAAUCCCAAUUCCCCAAAGCAUUACGGUUCAGCUUCCUCCAAUUUGGUCGGAAAAUUCACCCAGAGCGUGCGACGGAUCGUGCAGGAUGUCAAAGAUGAAGGAUCGCCGAGUGGUAUGAGCCGCGAGGAGCUAAUCGAGACCAACGAGCGGCUGCGAGCGGUCCGGGUGCGCCUGGAGGAGUCAUACGACACGGCGAAAAAGGCAUUAGUUACCCUAAUGAACAAGUACGGAGACUCCAAAAGCCAGCGAAACGUGUUCAACCGAUACCCGAUGCUGAAAUUGAUGAUUAAGGACGUGAUUCGCCUAGAAACCCAGUACUGGACCCUAGUGGAAAUCCCCAAGCAAGAGAAGCUCGAAACAGUCCCUGCCUUUGUGUUGCGCGCGUGUAGCAUCAUGGAAAAGUCGCAAAAGUCAGGCGAAGGUGUCAAAACGUCAGCCAAGCUGGCGGAGGAAGCCGCAGAAAAGCGGGAACGGAUGGAGCGGCUGGAAAUAAUGACGACCGCGCAAGUCGAGCAGGAAAAUACGCAAAUGAUCAAUGAUUUGUACCGUUUACUGAAAAAAUACACCGGUUUGAGAAACCUAAUCCGUGAAUUGAAGUCUGAGUAUGGCAAUUCUAAAAUCUACCCAAUCUUUCCGCGGUACACGAUGCUGAAGGAUAUGAUAAAGGACAUCAUGCACGACCCAGACUACAUGGAGGUUUGCCACGAGCGCACAUGAAGACGAAUAGAUUCAAGCUGUCCGUUUCGCUCAAGAAUGUCGUUCAAGCGAUGGUACACAGUAGGCUGUGAAAUACUACUACUCAUUCAGUUGUCUCCAUUGGUAUAACACAGCAGCCAUGCCGAAACUGGAAAUUUUGUCUGCCGCGUAUUAUGUAUUUGGUCGGUGAGAAGGCGCAUUAGCUAAAGUCACCAUACUUUUAAGUUACAAUAGUUUUCCAGCGAUAAACUCAACACAAAACUAUCAAAACAGGCUUGAAUCAUUUUUAAAUGCUAAAUGCGAUGACUAAUCACAAAACAUCCCACCCCAUCAAAUACUAUCUUUAUCUAUACACUUUAAGCGUUUAUCUAUGGGUAUUAACAUACAAAAACAAAACAAAUUGUAUCAUCGCGAAGACAAAAUUUUGAAACAUCCCACCUUUCGAUGUGACACUUAUAAGCAUAUAACAAAGUAAUAUUUACACAUCAAAACAAGUCAAGGAAAAGUUUAAUUUCUUUCUGAUCUAUCUAUUUUGUAAACUUCAGAAAAUACACACACACACACAAAUCAAGUAACAUUACAGACUAGAACAUAUUACAGUCAUAAUACCUAUCUGAAUAACACGAAGAAAUGACCAAUAUUAGCUACGACUAGACAACAACAAAAAAUGGAACAAACUAAUUUAAAAGGUUCGUAAUGGUAAAUGUAGUAACGUCGACGCAUCUACUCGAGGAACGCUUUUCGUGUAACAAGGUAGCAAGGUGACUCUAAAUGGACUUAAAAAUGUAGUUUUUAUUUAUUUGUUGAAUUUAGUUUUAUCAAAAUCUCUCAAACAUCAUACACAAUUUCAAGUAAGUUGACUCAAAAUACUCUUCAUUUGUUAUUUAAAAAGUGACAGACAGUUACACGAGAAAAAAAUGAAACAACAAAGUAGUUAGUGAAAAAUAAUCUAAUUGAAAUAAAUCGCAACAAAUUUACACACACCUUAAAAUGUAGAAAACAGAUGUCUUUUCAAGUUCAGGAGAAACUCUUUGUUCGAGAUAUUUCAAAGUCCGUUUAAAUUACCAUUUCGCACGAAAAAUUUAGUUGGGUUCAACGUUAUUGAAUUUUGCAUAGUUCGAUGUAGAGAACGGCUGUUACGAGUGAGCCAUAUUUCGUUCACAACAAAACACAAUACUUUGUUCUACAGUUGUCAGUUGUAUUACUAAAAAAAACAAGUAAGCUUUUUGGCUAUCGGAAUGAAAAAAAAAACUGUAGCAAAUGUAGGUAUUUGAAGCGGCAAGAAAUAAAUUGUAUCUUAGAAUAGAACAAAACAACAUAUUCACAAAAGAUACUUGAAGAAGCGGUAUCUUAAAAUUGAAAUCGAGAUCAAAUAAAAAAGACAAAAAGUUACAUCAGUUACUGUUACACGUUAUUUCAAAAGAUUAUAGGUUCGCUAGUAGAACAUAAGCAAUUUUCUGAUUGUCUGAAUUAAAUUCCAGAGUAGCCCGCGAUAGAAGUCGAUUCUUGAGUCAGCACUGCAACGGUAUAGUUUAACCAGCUCAGCAAAACGGUAAAACAUGUUUCGAAUUUUGGUUUCGAAUUUAAAGUUUUGAACUAAGGUAAUUCAUCUUGGAAUUCCAACCAAUCUUUUUUAAUACAACACAAUAUUUCAUAGAGAAUUAGUUCAAUAUCUUGCACGGAAGCUACUUUCUACGAAAAUAAGCACAUUCAAGAGUAUUUUUCAAAUACAUUGUUCAACGAAACCUACACAAUUAGUCAAACGAUGAAUCGAUAGUUGUUCACUUCAUUUGAUAAACAUUGCAUUGACAAAAUCCGAAACAUGAGCUACCAUAAGUAUACCUUUAAUGAAUUCUCGAAUCUAGAUGUAAUGCUGUUGAAAUUAAUGUUAACAGAUUAUCUUAUUUGGUCAUUACCGCAGUAUAGAAGACCUCAACACGAUGUUGACAACAUCCAAACAACAAAUAUAACAUGCGAUGUCUAGUGAUGCAAUACAAAAGAAUGCAGCAUAUAUAAGUCGUGAAAUUUAGCUGACAUACAUUGACUAGCAAUGAAAAUUAUUGGUUCAACUUAGAAACACGGCAUAGUAUUCCAAUGAUCAAGCAAAAACGGUUUAGGCUUAGGUUGCAAUCAAUAAUAACAAUAUCCCGCAUUUAAUUUAGAACUCAUAGAAGUAAAAAAAGUGCACAUGCCAUUAAUUCCUAAUCAUAAAGAUUUAAAAAAUGUUGUUUUUCUAGACAACCCUAAAGGUUUUGAUCAUUCCAAUAGAUGAUUGCUCAGCGUACAUACUCGAUAAGAAAAAGGGCACAAUAUUUUGCACACAGAAGAACAGGCAAUACUAAUUUGCGUUCCAAGACAAGACAUGUGAAAGCAUGUAAUUUAAGAUCCCUAAAGCUCCUGUGUAUGGAUUUUUUUUUAAAUAAAGAAUAAAUCGGUUACGACCUCGAACAUACAGAGCCCGAAUUUAAGAGGGGUGUGUUACCACCCUAGUUACUCAUACAAACUUCUAUACAAUAUUGUUUGGUUCCUGUGAGAGCAAAAAAGAUGACAUUUUGUUGUCUAUCAAUCUUAGCUUAACUUCACUUAUCAAGUGAACGGUGUACAGAAAAUUAUGCUCUUUUUCAAUUGUAGUAGUUUUUCAUAGUUUAGCAGAGAUCUAGAGAUUUAGAUUUAGUAUAAAAAUGUAUGAGUAUGAAACUGGACCCAAUCAGUAUAUUUUGUAAAGCGCUCAUUCAGCCUUCUAUGAAAUAAAUAAUUUAGCUAACUUCUACAUAACAUACUUUACCAUUAUAAUUUAAAAAAUAAUGCCAAUAUUUUAUUAAUUGUUUCUUGAUGAUAUUAUGCCAAAGUCAUAGCUUUAUAUUGUUAUCUAAGCUCUAAUGCUUUGAACAGCUAUCAGACGCAAAACAUAUCAUUAUAGUUCUGUAUUAAUUAUUAAAUAAUUCAAACUUAUGUUGCUUAAAUGACAAAACAAUCAAAAACAAAAAAGUGCAUGAUUAUGAAUUAGAAAUGGCAUACAUUUAUACUUAUCCUCCCAGUCGAACGCAAGAAAUUUGUUAUACAAUAAUGUGUGUGCUGGCCGCAUACGGUUUCAUUGCUCUGACGGAAGUAAUACUAAACCAAAUGUAAGCAUUUCUAAGAAAACCAUUUAGCAAUGCUAAAAAAGCUUUAUAAUAGUCUUUGUGAACUUAAACUCUAUGUCUAUGGACAGCAAGCUGCGCUUAUGCUAUCGACUGCAAUCUAGUUUUAUUUGCAAACUCUCAUAUGACAAUAGUAAAUAUUGUACAUCCUAUAAGUGAUGCUGAACGAUUCUGAAAGAUAUUCAUGUAAAAGCUAAUAUUCGGCGACUUACUUCAUGAUUUGAAAAAGUUUGUUGAAUAAUAUAAAAGCAAAAUCUGAUUUUUAAAUAUAACAAACACAAAAGGGUACCCCUAUAUAAGAUCCGGCUUUAUUUUUUUUCAGUCACAAUUAUGCAAAAAGUCUAAUGUCAACAGAUACGAGUUAUUUAUUUGUAUUAUCAUUUAAUUUAUUUAAUUUGUGCAGAAUAUUUUACUUUCGUAAAGUUGAUUCUGCUUUGGAGGCGCUGUACUGUAACACACGCUGCAACUAAAACACGUCCUUAACAAAUGCUUAUGUGUCUAGAAUAACCAACAACAAAUCCACGGAAUAUCCUUAAAAUAAAAUUUAUCAAUUAAUCCCAAACAAAAAGUAAGAAAACACAGAAAGCUUUAUCUUACCCACACAUAACUACUAAUAAACAACCAAAUCAAAAUAUCCAACAACCUCAACACAAAACAAUAAAUGUGUUCUCUUCCAAAAUGAGACAAAAUUCCAAAUGAAACCAAACAUGCAAGCUAUCACUUAGAGCAUAUUCCUAUCCCUCCGCAUUUGCAAAAAGAGAAACAGUGCAACAAUAAAGAAAACCCAAACAAUUUGUAACAGUACUCCAAAAUAUUCCACAGCCCCUCGACCUAAACCUAUGAAAAUUUGGAAUCCAAUGUUCCAUAAAAACUGUUUUCACUGUUAAUAAAAAUCACGAACACACUGCAGCACAGUCUAAAAACUAACGUCAGCAUCCAUGUCAACCUUGCCCAAAACCUAUCAUUUCAAAUAGAAAAAAAACAAGAAAAAUGGGGUGAUAAAUUGCAAGAAUCACAUCUAUAAGGCAAUGGAAAUAAAAGUCCUAGAGGAAAACUGGAUAUCGAAUGAAAAUAAAGCAAAACCGCAAGCAAACUGACAUUUUGAAUUCUACAGCUUACAAAAAAACUGAGAUCAUACUCAAACUUCAAUAAAAAAGGAAAAUGUUCAGAAGGAAAACAAAGCCAAUAAAGUUAAGCAUAAUGAAACAUUGUGUAAGUGUAUGCUAAACGUAUUUUUGAUUAUUAUUUAUAUGAAAGUGGAAAUAUAAGUUAUUUACAAAUUGUGA